AUGGUUUAUGAUGCGCGUGGCUUCGAAUUCACCAGUCUCAAGGACUGUUUGAUUUUCCUGGAUUGGUUGAACACUGACAGGAAGAGUAUGCUGCCGGAGGUAGCCAGUGAACUCCUGAGGCACCUUAAAAAUACGUAUGAGAAUGUUACUGAAGAUGGCAUAAAAUCCGUAUUGUCUAACUUCCUCGGUGACGUGGACACAUUUUAUAAAAAAUUGGUAAAAGAUAAGGUUCGUUACGACGCACAUCAGAAGUUUGGACUACUCGGUGGCGGGGGGUGGAAGAAUCAUUAUCCUGGUAUAGAUAGGCGGAGGUGGGUCUAUUCGUGGGCUACUUAUGUCCACGGAGGCGACUUGCAGGGAUAUCUAACUGCGACCUACAUGCAUGAAACGUACGGCAAACUACCCAGUAUAUUACCCGGUGGUUUCGGUAAAGGGGACGUGAGAGAUUGGCAUGGUUAUACCCAGGGUAAGAAUAUGUGUAAUGACCUCGAAAAAAUACUGGGCAAAAAUACUGGCCACAAUUUUUUCCGAGACAUCUUCUCUACAUCUAUCAUUUCAAACUUCGGUCAUCAGGUCUCUAAUACCGCGAACGUUCUUGCAUUGGUGAAGACUUUUUGUGAGGUUGUGUCUACGGACUCUACGGGUAAAUCUUUAGAGGAUGUAUUCGAAACAGAUCUCAUAAAACAGAUUCCCCCAAAAUGCAUAGAUUGGAAUUCAUUAAAGGCAUAUUGUAGUAAGCUUAAAACACGAAUAGACACAUUGUUCACCGCCGGAGGCUUUGACUAUAAUGGGCAGGCAGCAAAAAUUGGAGAACCUAACCAGAUAAAUUUUGCGAAACGGGCAGCGGAAUGGUUCAGGACUAAUUUGUCUGCUGUUCAGAAGCAUUUGAAUAAUAUACCCCCUUACCGCCCAGGCGGAUAUAGUGAGUUCGCAGAGCACUCGUUGUUUCCCAACGGUUUUGUAUUUGGUGAAAAGACAGGAACGCUGAAUUAUGCGUCGAGGAAUCUGCAAAAGAAUUGGAACGAUGUAAUUAUCAUGCUCGGAGCUAAAGAUGACGAGGGCCUUAAUAAGCUGAAGAGAAUACUGGACGGUGAAAACUGUCAAGAACACAAAUCGCCAACUCACUCCGCCGUUUCUCCAAAACCUCCUAUCACUAACAUCGAGACUACGAACCCCGUGUCACUAAGGCCUGAAGCUGAAACAAAACGCCCCAGAAUGGGUUCAGCAGUUCCUAAAAUCCCCAAAAUAGUUCACCCCCUUGGUGAUAGUAUACAACACCAUCCAGGUCCUAAGGUUCAAGGACCAUCAGCACCACUCGGUCCACGGCAUACCCCCAUUCCUACUCUUCUACCUGUUCCCGCUGGCCAGCCAGAUGGCGGGGCACCGAGUUCACCGGCCGGUAUUCCUCCAGGUCAACAGCCUGCUGCCGAUCAAGUCAAGGGGCCUGCUCUGACUCCGAGCGUUUCAGGUUCAGAUGCUGGGUCAAUUGAUGAUCAGGGGACUGGAGGAAGUGGUGGUAGUGGAGGGGACAGUCAAGAUGUAAGCAGCGGCGCUACGGAGUCGGCUGGCUCGAUUCCUGGUGGAAGUGGAGUUGGAGGUGGUGGGGGUAUGGCCGUUAGGAUGGGUGGGAAUGCUAAUUUUGGAAAUCAGUAUACACCUCUGCCAGAGAUACCACCUAUCGGUAUCCCUACAGGACGUCGUUUAGAAUCAAAGCAACCUUCAGUUCUCUUCCAUCCCACCGUUAUUUUUGACGAUUAUGCGCUGCCUGAAGUGAUGGGUAUUUCCGCUACUAAACUUACGGGUUCUUCUAAAAGAAAUACACAGGCCCCCGACUCUAUCGACAUCACUCCACCAUUCCAUCAUAUGCUGGAACUUAGAGGUCAUAAUACUCCCAACACUCAAUUAAAAGAUCCCUGGCCACUCCCUACUCCAAUCCAAAAACCGACAGGCACCCCGCUUCAGAGUGCAGAACCGUAUCCCCCUGACCCUGUCCAACUUGACACUCAAGACAAGCAAAAAUAUCUAGAUGUUUCCGACAUAAUCCUGACAAAGUCCACUGGAAAUGACAUCACAGCCCCCGCACCUCUGAAGAUGGACACCCAUGUGCCGCCAUCUGCGAUAGACGCAUGGGCCAUCUCCAAUCCCAAGAGGAAACGCCCCGUGUCACCUCCUCCAGCCUCAAAACUCCCUAAGACGCCUCCUGUCCGUGACGCAAAAAUUCCAAGCGUUGUAAUCUCACCAGAUCAUCGCGUCUCGAAUACGCUCAUGUCACAAGCCACGGGAGAAAAGAUUCCCGGACUCAACCAGGGACCUCCCUUGCCACCCCUUGCAACCUCCAAACCUACGGGUCUCCCAUCCACAACACCUAAGUCGCUUGAAACUCUGGAAUUUGACGACCAAACAAUUGAGAAAAUGUUGAGUGUCAAUGAUAGGAUAAUUAAAAAUGAUGCAAAUAAACUUCCGAUCGCCUAUGUCCCAACAGAUGAUCGGAAUGACAUCUUGCUAAUGCCGGAGAUCUCAGUUGCGAUUCGAGAUCCGCAAUCAUCACAGAACCACAAAAUCCCCGAUGUAGAGUUGAUACCUGUGCCGCCGCCUGACGAUAAACUUCAUAUAACCGUGCUGCCGGCACGGGAUAACGUUGACCUAACAACCCAAGACGUAUAUGGAGCCGACGUGUCCGAAAACUUGGACAUCGAAGUCCGUAAACCCCUGCCACCUGAGCCUCUUUGCGAUCAUGAUCCCACAUAUAUCCCCGAAAUUCCGAAGCCCAGACAUCCCAAGCUUAAAGUUUUAGAUGAUUUUUCAGAGAAGCCGUCCGACCGUGCAGAGGUUAUUAUUCCCCUCGCCGUAUUCCCCGGCCAAUCGCUAGAUGACCCCGACGUCUGCCGCACCCCCUGGCACGUUGCUCCUUCCGCCACUGAUCCCACCUCACCACCCGUCUCCCCUCCCCCAGCCUCGGACCAUCUGCCCCCGCCUAACACCAUCCGGGAAAUGCUCUGCUGGAUGGUUGUCCUGAACCAAAAUGGGUAUAUUCCGUUAAUCGAGAAGCAUGUUGCAGGUCUUUUGGUGGACAUUAACAAUGAUGUCUCGCAGCCUUCAUAUGCCCUCGAGGUCACCGGGGAUCCCACUCAGCUGACCGCUUCCCAUGUCUCCAACACUCUGACUCAGGCAUGUCUCUACGCGGCCAUCGUUCUCCACAAGAUAAAACACAAGGACAAUUCGAAGGCUGUUUCAGUCCCUGAUUUCAGUUCAGAAUAUUCCAAGUUUCGUUAUUCCACCGACCCCGCCCGCCUCCUCUGCCAGCUGCGGGACUACGUCUACGCCUGCUGCCACCAGUUGGCGUUCCUAAAGUCGCAGUGUUCUCGGAACUCCACGCACGGUGGUUGGCAGGAUUGUGAGUAUGGUCGUGAUGUUAUGGUUCCCAACUCCCCCCUCCAGGACUUCCUGACUGACGCCCCCGACUCCAAGUUCGAGACUCAUCCCUUCAACCCGUGUGACAUCUGCCUCAAGAGCCGUAUCAACAUGGGAUUCACAAAGGAUGAUUUGCCUGAGAAAUCACAAAACGGCAAUCAUCUCCACACCAUCCUCUCUCCCACCUGCGGCGGCGAGGAUCCACUGCUGACAUUGUCCUCUUACCUCACCUGCCUCACCAGGCGGACGCCGCGCACCACCGGGGAGCUCGUAUCAUUCUUCCACAAUUUCGGGAAUGAGUUGCACAAGGAUGUUUCAGGAGGAUUGUCUCCACUGGGCUCCGCCCUCACCACUCGACAUGGCCAGUGCCCCGACUGGGACUGUCUCAAGGAGGUCGACCUCCGAGCCAUCAAGGACGCCCGGGGCUCCGCCAAUCCCAACUCCAUCAACGACCAAGACCAUCCCAGGACCCUGUCCACGAUGCUUGGUUGCGGCAUCGAUAAUGCCAACUGCCCACAACUCAUGAUGCCCACCACCUACAGUGCCUACGCCCUGUACUCUCAGGCCUUCGCCCACGACUACCUCAGCUGGGCGGUCUACCUACCAGACAGACUGUGGGAGUCAAUGGAGAAGCUGAAUAGAGACCUGAGGAAGCAUACAUGUUCACACCUUAAAUCACUCAACGCCUGCCCCGACGCUCUACCCCUCCUCUAUACUCACGGGUUCACGCCGCCAGAGGUUACAUCGCGGGCGUCAGUCACAUGUUUACGGGUCAUCGCCAAGCUGAAGGAAGUUGCCUUAGGUGGGCCUCUCGCAAACCUUAUGACCUGCAUGGACGAUUUCCUGUACAGGAUCAGAUUCCACUUCUUCUACACCGUUAUCGCGUUCUGGUCUGCUGCAUUCCUCCUCCUGACCCACACUAUGCUCUACCGUCUGGACGUGCUGCGCAUCCGCUCGCACCUACUCACCACCACGGCAUCCCACCUCAUCGAUGUCAAGGCGCUCCUCAGUCACAAGAGGAAGGUGCUGUCACUUUACGACGACGUCGACUACUUCGACGAUGAGCCUAUGGGUCAACACGUCUCGCAGGAAUUGUCUCAUUCGCGUGAUACCUUAGUACCCUGUUGA